ACUACUCAAGUGUUUAUAUGGCGAAGGCGGGAGCGGUACUGCUGCAUGUUGUGAAAACACGUUUGUUCCUUACUGUAUUACUAACAGUAGUACUUUGUACAUGUCGUUUUUAAUAUAUGAAUUUUAACGUUCUGAUGUUUAAUUCGUUGUCAUUUUUUUCUAUAAUAGCGACCAUGUGCAGAUAGUUUUGAUUUUAACUGAAAGUUUUAAGGGUCCCACAGGUUGUUUAUUAAUUUGUGAAAGAUUGGUUUAGCGCUAUGAGCAGGUUAAGAUCUGCAGUGCAGAAGGGGAAGAGAGCGGCUCUAGAAAACACAGAGGUGAUCAAAUCCAGCAAUAAGAAGAAAUCAAAGUCUGCCAUUAAAGAAGAGGAACCAUCUGAAACUAAACCGUCCUCAUCAUACCACUUUUUCCAUGAUCCAACUGAAAUCCCUCUUUUCCGCUCUCACCUUCUUCAGUGGUAUGAUCAGAAUAAGAGAGAGCUUCCCUGGAGGACACUGGCUAUGACAGAACCAGGUGUUAAUAUCAGGACAUAUGGAGUGUGGGUCUCAGAGAUCAUGUUACAGCAGACCCAAGUUGCCACAGUGAUAGACUACUAUAACAGAUGGAUGAAGAGAUGGCCAACUGUGGAAAAACUUGCUGCAGCUACACUGGAGGAAGUGAACCAAAUGUGGGCGGGUCUUGGAUACUACUCUCGAGGACGCAGGCUGCACGAAGGUGCUCAGAAAGUAGUAUUAGAACUGGAUGGACAGAUGCCAAAGACCACAGCAGGACUACUAAAACAGCUGCCUGGAGUUGGACGUUACACCGCCGGCGCAAUCAGUUCUAUAGCACUUGGACAGGUGACCGGUGCAGUUGAUGGAAACGUCAUUCGAGUUCUUUGUCGCGUUCGAGCCAUUGGUGCAGAUAGCACCAGUCCUGCUGUAACAGAUGCUUUGUGGAAAAUUGCUGAUACACUUGUUGACCCAGAGAGACCUGGAGACUUUAAUCAGGCUAUGAUGGAAUUAGGGGCCAGAGUCUGCACCCCAAAAUCCCCUCUGUGCGGCCAGUGUCCCGUUCAAACCCACUGUCAUGCCUUUAGGAAGGUGAGCAUUAAACAAGAGAUUGACUCCAAAAGACUUCUAAGUAAACUUGUCUCAAAGCUCAACACCUCAGUUCCUGACAUAGAGAAUUGUUUGACUGCUGGCAGCUGUGACUUGUGUCUAUCAGAGGACUGGGACCCUCAGCUGGGGGUGCAGAAUUACCCAAGAAAGCCUGUUAAAAAAGCUCCACGUGUGGAGCAAACCCUAACCUGUAUAGUGGAACGUCAGCAAGCUGGAGAAGAGAUGGAGUAUUUUCUCACUCAAAGACCAAGCAAAGGACUCUUGGCAGGGAUGUGGGAGCUACCCAGCACGCUCUUGGAGGCUGACACCUCUGAGAAUAAAUAUAAAGGCUUGAUAUGUGACAUGAUGCAAAAACUGCUGGAAAAAUCUCUAGACGCUAACUCAGUGCAGUCUGUGGGAGAGGUGGUGCAUAUUUUCUCCCACAUCCAUCAAACCUAUAUAGUCUUUUCCGUGCAUGUGUCUGACUGGUCAGAAGGAGAGCAAGAGCAGAAGACCUGCUGGCUCACUAAAUCUGCUCUGAAGGAGGCGGCUGUAUCCACUGGGGUUAAAAAGAUUAUGAAGCUCUAUGAAUCUUCAAGCAAGGUGGACAGCAAGGAAAAGAAGAGAAAACCCAGCCCUGAGAAACGGUCAAACAAAAUAAAAAAGCCUAAGGGUGCUGUUACUAACGAAGGACCCAAACAACUCUGCCUCAGUAAAUUCUUUUCUACCUCUAAGACAAAGGCCAAAAGCCAAAACUGUUGACAAAAGCCUGUCUGUAUAUUAAGGUUUACGAUUUUGAUAUGGUCAAUGUGUAGUCAUCAUGUAAAUUUGCUAUGUUAAGAGUGUCACAUAAAAUAACACAUAUUACCUACAGCUUUAAUGUUUUAUUUUUUAGAGGGAUAGUUGUGUUUUUAAAUAAAUAAUAAAUGU